AUGGCGAACUUUUCUGAUCGUCUGUGUCAUUACCCACUUAUUAGCGAUUCAUUGAAAGCUGCUUCCGAUGCCUACACUUGGGUCUCAAGCGGCGAGAGAUUUCGCAGUAUCUUCCAACUUAGUGAAAGUGCAGCUAAUGCUCUUAAGGAAAAGGCGAAGGUGCUGGCAAGUACUGAUGCUGCAGCUAAACUAGAUGAUUUCGCCUGCCAUCAGAUACUGGAUCGCCUUGAGGCUGUGAUACCUUCAGUGAAAAGACCUACUGGCGAACUGUUGGGUCCAACUGUUGAUCGUGCUCUUACUGCUGCUGAAAGUUAUCUGGAAUAUUUUCUCCCUGAUACCAAGACCAGCAUCGAGGGAAAGGCUGUUGUAUCUCGCUACGAUCGUCUAAUGCGUCUACAAAGCGCCUUGGUCAACUCUGAGAAGGUACAGGCAGCACAGAAUACAAUUUCCAAGGCCUACAAGGGUAUUCAAGAUCAAUUAACGGCGCUUUCAACAGUCACCUCUAAGGAAAGGCGGGAGGCCAUGCUUUCAACGAUAAGCAACCUCGCCACUGAAUACAAACAAGCAGCAGAGGUUGCCUUCCCGCGUUUUAAAGCAUUUGUCACGGGCGCCGUCUCUCAACUCCAUAAUCUUACGCAGGAACUGCAUCAGACCGACAACGUCACUCAAAUGGCCGUUGAUCAACUGCAAGCCAUAGUCAAUGGUCUGCACAGCACCUUGCUGAGUUUAAACGAUCGUCGUGAAAAGUGGUUGCAUGGCUCCUCUCCCACGGAGACUGAAACCAGUACGGAGGAGGUAGGUGAUUCAUUGAUGAUGCAAAAUCAAAUCGUCUUCUACUCAUAUUCUGUUGGUAUCACCUUUGAAGGCUUUUGUCUCUCCUCAAACACAUUUAUUGUUAAACUAUGGUGGCCUUAG